AAAAGGUCAGAUAAGAAAACAUACACAAUAAUCAUGGAGGACGUUAAUGUGAAAACACCAAAAGAAAUUGAACGAAAAUCAAGGUCAUUUUUUCACAUAGAUAAGGAAAUGCUGAGAUUCAAAGCUCAUUAUUUCCUGUUCGAGGGCGGCACAGCCUCAGUCACACCUUUCAUUCCAGUUGUUGCAAAAAACAGACUUGGUCUUUCUGCUACUUCCUUAGCAGUAGUUGUAGCAGCCCAUCAAUUUGUAACCAUACUCUCAAAACCAGUCAUUGGUUAUAUUGCUGAUUACUUCAACAGACUAAAACUGAUGAUAAACAUACUGCUUAUAAUUCAAACCAUCUUCUUUUUCCUUAUUCUUUCAAUUCCACCCCUCAAGAAACCAACGUCAGUUCAGCAAUUCAGAAACUGGAAUGAAGUAUCUGAAAUGAUCAGCAUAAGAGUACAUUUGCCAACUAACAACUCCUCAAGUUCAAACAUUUCAGACAAGAAUAAAAACGAAUGGAACAUUGAAAAUAAAAUAUAUACUGAUGUAAUGUGUGUACCAUACGUAAACACAACAGAGUUGCUCUGCUUUCAAACGACUGAUGAAAAGAUAACUCAACUGGAGUUUGGAUCAAAAUCAAAUUUCAGCUGUUCGGCUAUCAACCCAAAAAAUUUUACAGAUUCUGGCGAAAUAUAUAAUAAGACAUUUAAUCUUCUUAUAGUAUUAGGGCCAUAUUCAUCUUAUCCUGUGAAUGAUACUUGUUCUUGCACGAUGACAUUCACUAAAAAUGGACAUUCAUCGUUUUUGCCUACAAAAUCAGAUAUCAGUGACUUCGAAACUUCAGAAUUUUGGAUCUUUGCAGUUGUGAACACAGUUACAGGUAUAUGCGUCAACUCACUUUUCAGUCUUUCUGAUACAGCUUGCUGUGAAAGUGUACAGAGAUUGGGAGGAGAAUUUGGAAGACAAAGAUUAUUUGGUGCCGUUGGAUGGGGUAUAUUGGCAGCGCUAAGUGGAGUAAUAUGCGACUUAACUGGUGGAUUUCUUGCUUCUUGGAUAUUUAUGGCUGUGUUGCAAAUUAUUGCUGUAUGGAACAUUUCACAAUUGGAUCUUGCUAAACCUCACUUUUCGCAGAGUCUCUUAAAAGAUAUUGGUCACGUACUAAAGUCUGUAGAAUUCACGGCCUUCGAAUUGGGAGUCUUUUUCAAUGGAAUUGGUGCAGGAGUAGUUUGGUUUUACUUGAUUUGGUUCCUUUCAGGUUUAGGUGCCAGCAAAUUUCUCUGCGGGCUGACACAGUACAUCCAAUGUUUUCUUGGCGAGAUUCCGUUCAUGUUCUUUGCAGAUUGGUUCAUACGUAAAUUGGGACAUUUUAAUCUUAUUUCCCUUUCUCUAUUAUCAUAUGCUUCGCGUUUCUUAUGGUACAGUUACUUAAAAAAUCCUUGGCUUGUUCUGCCAGCAGAGAUAGCUCAUGGUUUUACGUACGGAACGCUUUUUCCUACAAUAGCAUCCUAUGGAAAAUUGAGUGCCAAACCUGGAACUGAAGCAACAACACAAUCAAUUCUUUUUAUGACGCAUGGUGGCUUAGGAGCUGGCCUUGGAUGUAUUUUGACAGGAAUUUGUUUCGAUAAAAUAGGGCCUCAUCAAACUUUCUUCUACUUUUUCCUAAUGACCUUUUCCGCCGCCAUCUUGAAUUUUAUGAUGACUUUUUACUUCAAUCGGCGCAACGUUAAGAAACUCAACAUAUACUCAGUUUCAAAUAUUAAACAAUCAGAGUAAUUAUGAAACAUUCUGAUUAUUGAAGGCAACGGCAGAGCUAUUUUUAAUUAACGCAAGCAGCUCAAUCAGUGGAUCUUGCUCAUAAAUUGUACUAAAGAUUUUUAUAAACAAUAAAUUGUGUUUUUUCAUCGAUUGUUUCAGCAGGAGAAAAAUAUCUUUACGACUUUAAUUAUUUUCGUAAGUUAGUUUUCAUUACACAUGGUAUUAUAAUCAGUAUAAAAAUAUAAGAGUGAGGAGUUGGGUUCUCACUAAAUCGAAGGAGAACAAAUAGAUGGUGUUUGAAGGGAAAAUCAUGAGAAGAUUUUUGGUGUUGCAAACGAAAACAACAUGUUGCGCACUCUCUACAAUUUCGAGAUUUACAAGAAGUUCUUUAAGUAACCAGAUAUCGUCCAUGUCAUUAAAGCUAAUCGCAUUAGAGGGUUAGGAUACCUCAACAGAUAGGAAUGGCAACGAGUCAAACAAGAAAGUGACUUUUUCGAAACCAGAUAAAGACCGUUAGAAAGGCAGACAAACCUCCAAGGUGGCUAGACUGCUUUGAAAAAGACCUCCAAGUAAUUGGUGCUGGUAGAUGAAGUACAAUGGGGACUAACAGGGCAAGAUGGGGAAAACUUAUUGAGACGGUCAUAGCCUGACUCUGGCUGUAGUGCCGAAGAAGAAGAAUUUUCAUUUUUUUUCUUUUUUCAAUAUCAUUCUUGCACAUUCUAUAAGGAUUUUGUUUACAUAGAAAAAGAAAUAAGUCACAUCUUGCAUGAUUUGGUUAACGGAUAGCUUUCAUCUGAUAAAACGCUUUAGAUCAAACAUUUAUUUUAACAAAAUGUGUAUCAUCUUUUAUCUUAAUUAGUUCCCUUGAUCUCCAAAUCCUUCUCAAAAAUGUAUAAUAAAAUUUAAACG